UGCAAGAGGUCCCCAUCAAGCCGCUGAAAGUGGACGACGACUCCUCGUCAACGCAAUCACGACCGUCCAAUUUUCAGAUGCCCUUUUCCUUUUUGCGGCGCGAAUCCGCACAAUCGCCCUCGAGGAUGUGCCACGUGUCCGCACCGUCCCACUAGCCCCUUCCCCCACUCCCACCACCGCGCGCGCGCUAACUAACCAUGGUCAAAAGGCCACCCCCCCGACUUAACCCUGGUCCGAUCCAACCUAUAAAUACCGUGCUCUUCUCGUUCAUUUGACCGCUCUCUCUCUGUAUCUCUGUUGCAUGAUUCGGUUUCGACUCCUUGGGGAAGUUCAAAACCUCGACGCCGAAGCUAUCCGCCGCCGCCGCCGCCGCGAAGCCCUUAGCCGAACUCCGCCGUCAUUACCAGGCGCGGGCCCCCUCGUCUCCUUGCGUUCCGAUCGCGGGGCCUGGGGGGAGAAAUUCCGCUGUAUAUGAGCUGCGGCGGGGAAUCUGCGGUCGGUAGGAUUGGCGCGUUGAGGAGGGACGGGCGCGGAUUCGGCCAUGGCGGAGAGCAGGUUUCGCGUGGGCUACGCGCUCCUGCCGAAGAAGCGGGAGAGCUUCAUCCAGGAUUCCCUCGUCGCGCUCGCCGCGUCCCGCGGGGUCGAUCUCGUGAGGAUCGACGCAGGGCGGCCGCUCGUCGACCAGGGGCCCUUCGACUGCGUCCUCCACAAGCUGUACGGCGAGGACUGGCGGCGCCAACUGGAGGAGUUCACGGCCGGGAACCCUAAUGCGGUGGUCUUGGAUUCGCCGGACGCGAUCGAGCGCCUCCACAACCGCAUUUCCAUGCUCCAGGUCGUUUCGGAGCUCCGGGUGGAGAGCGAGGGCGAAUCGUUCGGUAUCCCGAACCAGAUUGUGAUUUACGACAAGGAGACGCUGUUCGAUAUGGAUGCGUGGGCGUCGCUGAAGUUCCCGGUGAUUGCGAAACCCUUGGUCGCCGACGGAAGCGCCAAAUCGCACAAAAUGGCGCUCGUGUUUAACCACGACGGGCUUAACAAGCUCAAACCGCCUAUCGUGCUGCAGGAGUUUGUGAAUCAUGGUGGGGUCAUAUUCAAAGUUUAUGUUGUGGGCGAGUAUGUGAAAUGCGUGAAGCGCAAGUCCUUGCCUGAUGUUUCGGAGGAGAAGCUGGGGUCUCUCGAGGGGUGUUUGUCGUUCUCGCAGGUGUCCAAUUUGACAACGCAUGAAAAGAAUGACGAUAAGUAUUAUAGGUUGAUGCAUUUGGAGGACACCGAGAUGCCUCCUCAGAGUUUUAUGACGGAGAUCGCAAAGGGUUUGAGGCGGGCCAUGAAGUUGAACUUGUUUAACUUCGACGUGAUAAGGGAUGCCAGAAAUGGACACCGAUACUUGGUUAUUGACAUUAACUAUUUCCCUGGAUAUGCGAAGAUGCCCAAUUACGAGCCCGUUUUGACUGAUUUUUUCUGCGAUUUAGCCGAAAAGUUGGGGAAGGAUCUGGCGAAGUGCUCUGGCAAAGAGGAUGGCUCUGAGAAGAGUGAGCUUUGAUAUUCGAACCGUGCAGAGUUGUGACAAGGAGGUGAGGAAAGCUGUGAGUAAUACUAGCGGUAGUGAUGGGGAUGAUGGUGGCCUUCCAGUUUUGCCUCAUUCAAGCCUGGCACAGUGCGUAGAAAACCCCUGAACUGUGUACUCCUUGUUCGUUGCUUUGGUGGAUUUGUGUUGCUCGAUACAGGUCCACUUUGGGAAACCCUUUGCUGAUUGGUGACUGAAGUUGUUCGUGGCCUUUUAGACGGCUUUUGGACAGCGGUGAAUAAGUAGCCGUAUCUUGACUUCUAGUUCAAGCUUCUUGACGAUCAAAAGUAAGCAGGUUUUGUUGAUGCAUGUUGACUCCAUGGUGAUGAUUGUGGACACACGGAUGAUGGAUAAGAAUAAUGCUAGUUGAAGUACCUCUUUUAACAUUUUUCUAGGGAUAAUUGCACUAUUUGUACUUUCUAGUGAGGUUCCAAUGUUAGAUAUCUGUCAUUUGUUGAGGAAAUGAAAAGAUUCGAUGCAAGGUGGCGAGUCAAUAUGAUAUCUAGAGCUUCCUCACUAAUGGGAGCUUCAGUCACGUCGAAGCUAGAGGUCCCUUUUACACAGCACAACUUGGAUCGCUAGAAAGGAAUCAAUUGCAACCCUGCACAAAUUGCCUAUAUUCUAGAACAGAGAAUAGAAUAAUAUUAUAAGCAUCUAUGUCAUCAGGAAUACCUUGAGGCCACACCGGGCAAGACGUGUUAAGGCAGAUUGCUUAUCAUCCGUCGCGGUAUCUAUCAUGGUCGCUGUCAUUGUUCUGUUCUCUUGAGGGUCUUUCAGACACCAAAAGAUCCAUUGGCGAUGACUGCAGCUGACAGGAGAUGAGGAGGAGGUAACGGCCGCAUUGUCAACGAAACUUGACAUUGCUACGGAUUGGGAACAGUUCGGAUGAUAAGGAGAGAAGCCAUCGAGUAGCUAACGGAUUGUUCUAGGAAUGCUGCCUCAAUGCGGCUCAAGCUUAAUCUCGAUGUCGAGCGGCUAUAUGCAUUACAGGUUAUGGGUGUUAGGCGUGUUACUGGUAAUUUACGGAAUUCCCUCGUCUGAAAAUUGCCUACAUCUCACUGCGUGAUCACCAAUCACCGAAUUUAAUUGUAAUUGACAGAACUAGGAAGGCAAAAUUAUAUGGGAUGGUGACCUAAAGCUGGUUACCAUUUAUUAUUUGAGUCCUUCCGAUAGCCACGUAGAUGGAAAAUUUAUAUGGCAGUUUUGUUGUCA